GAUGUUUUUGCCAAAUGAUACAUUCAAACGCGAAUAACGAACGUGUACGGACGUCUUUCAGAAAUAAACACCCAAAACACACACAUUUCUACUCUCGGGAAAUCUAUUUCUAAAAAUAAAUAAUAUAUAUUUUUGUUAUAAAAUCCUCAAAAGUAUAUAGAAAAACAAAUAGAAACGAGAGUAGUUACAACGAAGUAAUAAAGUGCAAACAUUUUUGUUUCUUUAUUAAGAAAUAAAAAAAAAAAAACUAAGAAACAAAAAUUUAUAAGAAAAAUAUUUCAAAACGUUCACUACAUGAACCUCAAAAAAAAAAGAAUACAAAAAGUAAUAAUAAUCUAAAGUAACAGAAAUUUUUGAAAAAAAAUCAACCUAAAAGAAAUAUAAAAUCACGAAAUUUAGUUUUUUCCCUUCUUUUUUUAUUUAUUAUUCUCAAACAAAACUAUAAUAUAAAAUUUUUGAAAAAAGCAACAAAUAAAAAAGUAUUUUGAACACAAAACUUUAACUACAAAUCAUCAUCAGAGCUCCAUCGUCAUCAUAAUAAUUAUCAACAACAACAACUGCUCUACUCAGCAUCAUAAAAAUUCAACUAGAAGACAUCUAAACUCAAGUACUUGAAGUUAUAAAAAAAGAUCAAAAUAUUUGUAUUUGUAUAAUAUUUGGGCAAUAUGCGGCUUUAUAAUAGUAUUUUUAAACACAAUAUGUUAGCGACACGAAAUUUUAAAGGAAAAUUAUUUUUAAGUGCUUUUGUUUUCAUGGUUUUGCUAAAUUUCACACUUGCCGAUUCACGGACCCAUAUACCCGCACGUAUAUUGGCCAAACAAACCGGUGCUACACAAUUCGAAGAGGAACAAUAUGAAACCCAUGCUGAUUGCAGUGAUCACAAGCAUCAUUUAAAGAAGAGAGCUUCCGAUGAAGAUGUCGACUAUGAGGUCUAUCAGGGUGUGGUGGGAAGACCGGGUAUUGAUUUUCCCAUAUAUCCACGUAUACCCAAGACAUCGUUCAGUUGCAGAUCUUAUGGCAAUGGCUAUUUUGCCGAUAUGGAAACUGAUUGUCAAGUCUUCCAUAUCUGUGAGGAGGGACGUAAAAUAUCAUUCCUUUGCCCCAAUGGUACUAUUUUCCAACAGAGUGAAUUAACCUGUGAUUGGUGGUUUAAAGUAAAUUGUUUGGGUUCUUCUGGUUUCUAUGCUGACAGCACUGAAUUGUUGAACAAACAAAAGGUACAACGUUUGAAACCCUCCAUACCGGUACAGGGAUUCAAUAUUGUAGGAGGUGGUUUGAAUAUUAAGCCAAGAACACCGGCUAAAGGUUCUUCCCGUUCUAGAGUUAGUAACAUUAAUGCCAAUGGUAAUGGUAACAAUAAAUCUGAUAGACGCAUUGAUUCGGAUGAAGCACCUUCAUUGGAGAGUGUAGAUUUUGAUGAUUUAUCAGCUGAGAAACAAAGAGGUGCAUCAGCUAAGCCUGAAAUUUCUAAUAUUGAUAAUAAUGACAAUGAAAAUGAAUCUCAAGUGGUGGCGGAAUCGGCCUCCUUUGUCAGCAAUCGUAAUCGCAAUAAUUAUAAUUAUGAUAAAGUUAAAUUGGAUAAUGCACCCAAAACUAGUGGUUCUGUUAAAACAGAUAGUGGUCGUAGAGGUAAUGGCGAUCGUGGUUCCCAAAGACAUGGUUACGGCGAACUUAAUGCGGAUACCACAGAGAGAGGACGCAAUGGCCAUAGAGGACAACAACGUUAUCGCGAUGAAAAGAAAUCUGAAUCAUAUGAUCGCAAUGAGAAGAUAAAACCUGCAAAGAAGGACAGACUUGUGGUGGAUAAUAGCAAUGAUAAGUAUAAUAACCCCACAGCCACAUAUAAUUCAGGUACAUAUACCACCGCUAGAAGAUUUGAAUCUACUAGAACUACACCAUUCUAUACACCCACCGUACCUUCUGUUAGCAAAUCGAAAACUACUGAAGGCAAAACUUUCUAUGUUAAGGGAGCCACCGCUACCACACCCACUCCCCAUCGCUUCAAUGUGAAUAACAAUGGUGCCGGCAUAUUUUUGGAAUCUACAGGUAGUGCCAAAACCACAGCCAAUCCAGUGGAAUUUGAAAUUACUGCACCCACUACUCUAAGACCCAUUAUUAUAGGUAUGCGUCAUUAUUUCGAUAAAGACUUUUCAGCCGAAGUUUUACCUAGAAAAACAAAUUACAAAUACGAUUCCGAGGACUUUUUGCCAACCACUACACCGGCCACCACUGGACCAACUUAUUUGCCUAAAUCAAAGUCAGCUCCUAAAAUUUCGCAAGAUGCUGCUGGUGACUCUUUCCUAUUCGCCCCCAUAAGUGUGCCACAAGAAGAGAUUUCGCGCAAUGUCAAUGAUAUGUUGAAGACCAUUAAUGUUUUGAAACAUAAUUUCGAUGAUGUAGAGCUGAUUAAAGUAAAUGGUAAAAAUCGUUUAGGUUUGGAUAUACCACCAUCAUCUGGACCAGAUGCUUUGAUUUCUUUAGCUCAAUACUUUGCCACAGAGCAGCACAAUGAUAAUACAUCGAAAAACUUGAACUCAUUGGAAGAUAAUGCCGGUAAAAAGACUGGACAAAAGAGUAGCAGCAGUGGAAAUAAUAACAAAAACGGAAGUGGUAGUGAAAAUGUCAAGACAAGUGGUAGCGCUAAUGAUAUUGCUAACAGAAAUGGUAAACCUUCGAAUACUUUAGCUCCCAAGGAAAAACUUUCCGAUACCACUGCCACCCUAACGACCGAAGCCACACCUGUUUUGGCUAUAAACAGCGAUGAUAUUCAUACCAGUUUAUUGAGCAAUGGUACCGUUAACAAAUACAAUAACUUGUUUGGCUUAAAUUCCUCCGAUAACUCAAAUGUUGAUCCUUCUCAGGGUUUGGCUGACACCAAUGCUCCUAAAACCAAGGAAGUUAUUACACCCUUCCCCCAAAUUGGCACUACAGAUGAAACUAUAAGAGCUUUGUCCGAAAAGCCAGAAUCACGCAAAAUAGCUCAAGUAUUCUCAAGUGCUUUGACCAACUAUCUCAAUGACCCCGAAAAAUUCCGUGAAAGUCUUGCUGCUGUAAGGCCCACUGAUCCUACAGUUGAUAAAAAUUCCAAAUUUGUUACUGUAACCGACCCUACACUUUUCAACCAAGGAACGGCUGCUACCUACUUGCCAACCACACCCACCCAGGCACCCAAUGGAGCUGAUUCUACUACACAAACUAAUAUUGCCUCUGUGGUAAAUACAAAUCUUAUAACAUCCACCUUUACACCAGAUUCGGCCAGUACUACUGAAGAUUUCGAUUCUACCACCUUCAAAAGUUCUUCAGAACAAAAGUCUAGUUUAGAGCUGUCGGCCGAAUUAGAACCUCCCACCCCCGAUUCAGGUGAAGGAGAGGAAUUCUUACAGAGAGAACAGACACAAUCCUUUGUGAAACCCAGAAAUGAACUAGUGAAAAACAAGGAUAAAUCUGGCAAGGUAACCACAGUUAAACCUUGGUCUUUCAUCGAGGAAGAUGAUGUCUUAGAUCCACUUAAGAUUAACGACGGUUUAAUGAAAUCAAAGACCACAACAUUGAGUCCUUAUGCCUAUGUAUCCAAAGAUGAAACCACUGUAUUACCCAGAUCUCGACACAGCAGUAAUAUCGAAGUUUUAUCCAGUAAUGGUCAAAGAAGCAAAUUACAACAUGGCAAUUCCGAAGUUUUAGAACCCAAACACAACUCCCGAUUACGCUCUGAAACAAGCACUUCUACAGAUCCCUGGCAAGACAUUUUCGAUUCCUAUGAUUUGCCCAAAGAAUCUUUACCCUCCAAUACCGGUCUACAGCGUAUUGCCAAUAAAUUAUUUGGUGGCCUCAAUGAAAAUGAAGCCUACCACUUGAGAAAUGUAAUGGCCGAAGCAGAACACAACCGCCAAGUAUUGCGUCUAUUAUUGCUGCUCAUACAAACCUGUGACGAUCAAAAUGGCAGAGCCUUGGAAAGAUCUCGCAAGCAUUUGAUUAAUGCCCUCAUCAAUAUGGAUGGUAAAAUUAAGGAUGAAACCGGUCAUGGUAAAACAUCUCACCACAAAGACAAAACUUUGACCACGACUGAGCAGUUGCCGGUUACCACCUAUAGGAAAACUGGCAGUGGCGAAGAGUUUACAACAACCACAUUAAAUUAUCCCUCCACCACCACAGAUUUACCCACCACUACCAUAACUGGCUCAACCACCGAUGGCAGCAGUAACUCUAGCGGGGAAUCUACAACAACACCGAAAUUCGUUAUAAAAGUAGAGGACAAUGAAAAGGAAGCUUCCUCUUCGACACUCUCCGCCGUAGCAGUAGACACUGAGGGUAAUUCAGAUAGGAGAGCUUUGGAAUUAUUAAAGUCAUUAUAUUCAUUAGCUUCCAAAUUUACAAGUAGACGGUAAAAGCUUAGACUAAAACUUUUCAUUGCAACAGUGUUGUCAGUAAACAAAAACAACAGAAAACAAAAAGCUAUUUUGUCAAAGAAAAAGCUUUUUUUCACACAUCAACGAUUCCUAACACUAUUCACAGUGUUGCUAGUUACACACAACUUUAAGCUUAAGCGAAAAAGCUACUUACGUAAGCUUUCUGCUCAACACUAUUCCUAGUAAUAACUUUAAAACCAGUGUUGCCACAUUAAGACAAAACUUUUUGAAAAAAAAAAAAACAAAACAGCGAGCUUAGUUUAAUUUUAAAAAGUAUUUUGCUUUUUUUAAGAAUAAAACACAAAAAUUUAGUCAAAAUUUUCUUUAAAUAUUCCGAAAAAAAUAUACUUUUUUACAAAAAACAAAAAAUAGUCUGUAAGAAACUUCUAAUACUCUUCUGUCUGUAUUUAAACUGAUUUCAUUAUUACUGUUUGAAAUUAUUUGAAAUUUUAGACUUAACUUUUAAUUAUAAUUUAAAUUUUUUAUUUUUUUUAAUAAUUUUAAGUUUUCUUUUUCGUAAUUAUUAAGUUUUACAAAACUGUCUUUUUUACUGUACAUAAAUUUUAAAAAAUGUAUCAAAAUUUGUGUUGAAUUUUCAAUUAUCGUCCCAAAUAAGCGAUAAAAGUAUUAAAUAGUAAAACAAAUUACACAAAUUAAAUAAUAAAAUACUCAUUUUACAUGAACUUCUUUAGAGAAGGGGAAACCUUUUACCCUUAUUUACUUUUUGUUUCUUUUUUUAUAAUUAUCUACACUUAUAACUAUUUCUACAAAAUUGUUCUAAACUUUUUUUGUAAAUAUUUAUUAAUAUUAUUG